CUAGGCUCUAUAUCUGGCAGCCACCGUGCAAUUUGCUGCCGCGCUAGCGUUUACAUACCGUAUUGUGUUUACUCUGUCGUCCUAAUCGCACGCCGCAGGCAUGGCGCAUGUUUCCUUCCAAACAGCUGCCACGGAAAACUGCUGUGCCGCGUUUUGAUUGACCUUGCGGCGAAUCUUUCGUGGGCGUAUGAACAAUCAUGGACUUAGAUGCAUCGCAGAAAACUCUAAAGAUCGAGAUCACAUUCGAGGAUUACAUCGCAACAUUCAAUGGACUGUUCAACGUCGCUGAGAUGCAUCAUGGCGUGAGUGCUCCCGCAUGACCAGCGUCACCAUUAUAGCGGCUCCAAGUUGGCCCCGCGGGCUUCAACGGACCAGACAUGGCCAGAAGGAGCAUCUACGCCAAGCGGAAAACGCUGUUCGCGUCCCGGAAGACGACUGCGAAAGCCAUGGCAAAGCGGGCCGGCAAGAAAAGCGUGCAACAACCUGCAUACGAUGAAGAAGAUGAUGACGAUGACUUCACCGAUGUCCCGCAACAUAUCCAGCUCACGUUGAAGUACACCAUCACCGCACAAGGACUGCUGAUCUUUGUUGAGAUGGGUGGCGCCGUGGCCAUCGUGUUGUUGUACCUGUUGAUGACACGCCACAUGACCGACAGCGAGUGGUACGCACACGGUAUCUUCCUAGUGGCCUUUACGUACGCCCUGAAUGACCUGCUUGUCAUCAUAUCGGCGCUGUCGUCGCCUUCCACACAGAUGCACUUGCCGCGCACCACGUUCUACGCAUUGUACCAGUGCUUUGGCGGUAUCGGCUAUGGAUUUACGGGAGUCCUUGUGUACCAAUUUGGCAGUGACAUCUCGUUACCCUACGCAAUCCACGCGGGGAUGACUGGAUUCGGCAUCAGUCUCGUCCAUUUUGUUCACACUAUCAUCAACGUUCUAUUAGUGCUGUCUCUGGAGCCUGACUAGUACCUGCGAAAACUGCCACAAGCCUUUGCACUUUUGGCUGAGAAAUCGUCAAGACCGAUGCAGCAUGACCGAACGCCCCACCACAACGUUGUUCAUUAAAACACUUUGUUCCGCAUUUGAAAGACGCUCUCACUGAGGUUCCCGCAGUAGGGCCACGUGCGCAGGUGGCAACGGUGAUCGCCCUACUCCCAUCCCUUUCACCCAUAACCCAACGGAUAAGACUCGCCUAUAACCCGCGGCGCUGAGCCGUGCUGCAGCCGUCCCUGCAGUG